UCACGCACUGGACGGCCGAACUAGAGAGAGAGAGAGAGAGAGGUUGGCAAUGGAAUCGCCGUUCAAGGCUGAUGUUCUCAAGGGAAAGGUUGCUCUUUUGACCGGCGGAGGCUCCGGCAUAGGCUUCGAGAUCUCCACCCAGUUCGGCAGGCAUGGUGCCGCCGUCGCAAUCAUGGGUCGUCGCCGCCAGGUCCUCGAUGACGCCGUCGCAGCUCUCCGAUCUCAAGGGAUUCAAGCCAUUGGGAUUGAGGGAGAUGUGCGCAAGCAGGAGGAUGCAGCUAGGGUUGUAGCAACAGUCUUCAAACAUUUUGGUAGACUUGAUAUUCUUGUGAACGGAGCUGCAGGAAAUUUCCUUGUAUCGCCGGAGGAUUUAUCUCCCAAUGGAUUUCGAACUGUUUUGGACAUUGAUUCUGUUGGUACAUACACUAUGUGCCAUGAAGCACUAAAAUAUCUGAAGAAAGGAGCACCAGGGAAAGAAGAGUCCACAGGAGGACUUAUCUUGAAUAUUAGUGCAACUUUGCAUUAUACUGCUGCCUGGUACCAAAUUCAUGUAUCUGCAGCCAAGGCAGCAGUGGAUAGUCUUACAAGAUCACUGGCUCUGGAGUGGGGAACUGAUUAUGAUAUCAGGGUGAAUGGGAUUGCACCAGGGCCAAUUGAGGGAACUCCUGGUACUAGAAAACUUGUUCCAGAGGAGAUGAAGAGCAAAACUCGAGAAUUCAUGCCACUGUUUAAGCUGGGAGAUAAAUGGGAUAUUGCAAUGGCUGCUCUUUACCUGGCUUCUGAUGCAGGUAAAUACGUAAACGGCACUACUGUCAUCGUGGAUGGUGGGCUAUGGCUGAGCCGCCCUCGACACAUUCCGAAGGAGGAAGUGAAACAACUUUCUCGUCUUGUGGAGAAGAAGUCAAGAACAUCUCCUACCGGCAUUCCAUCAAGCAAACUAUGAUCACAUCAGCCUCAAACCCCAUGAUGUUGUAUUCACCUUGACAACUAUUACUAUUUAUUAUGCAAUCCAACAAAAAAAAAAAAAAGAGACCUAUUUUCAACUCAGUGCUUCUUUUCAGAUGAUUGAUCAAAACUCUUACAAACAGCUCAUUGUGUUUA